UACAUGGCAAAAACGAAGUACAGUGCAUUGCUAUAAUUCAUUUUUACAUCAUAAAUUGUGCUGCGCGGGAUUUUAACAACCAAGAUCUGCUCAUCAAGACCUUUAAAAUAUCCAAAUGAGCUCUUAUUUUCUAAACUCCUUCUCAGGGCGCUAUCCAAAUGGGUCCGACUAUCAGUUACUAAAUUAUGGGACUAACAGCGCUAUGAACGGUUCUUACAGGGACACGAGCAUGCAUUCCGGGUCUUUCGGUUACACCUACAAUGGAAUAGACCUUAGCGUAAAUCGGUCUAACAACAAUGCCCAUUUCGGUGCAGUUGGAGAUAACGCCCGCGCUUUCCAAUCCCCGGGCACGGACACCCGGUAUAGGCAAACAAGCUGCUCGCUUGCGUCUCCAGAUCCCCUGCCUUGUGCUAACAGCGAGACCCUCAACCUGAAAGGCUCCUCUCCCUCUUCUGACCAGAGCACAACCGGGGGCAACAACAGACUCACCAGCAACAACCUCACCAGCAGUAACAGCACACACUUUGUAGAAACGGACGAGACUAACGUCUCUUCUGAGACCGAGGAAGGUGCGCAGGCAAAUAACCCCACUCCUCGGACGCAGAAACAAGAAUCUGUGGCGACUUCGACUACAACAUCCAGCGACGGUCAAACCCCGCAAAUAUUUCCAUGGAUGCGGAAACUUCACAUUAGUCACGAUAUGACUGGACCUGAUGGGAAACGUGCUCGAACUGCCUACACUCGGUAUCAAACGUUAGAGCUGGAGAAAGAGUUCCAUUUCAAUAGGUAUCUAACCCGGAGAAGGCGAAUAGAAAUUGCACACGCGUUGUGCCUCACUGAGAGGCAAAUCAAAAUUUGGUUCCAGAACCGGAGGAUGAAAUGGAAGAAGGACAAUAAACUGAAAAGUAUGAGUCUCGCUACAGCAGGAAGUGCUUUUCAAAACUGACCGUGUUAUAGAAAUAUUCAAAGUAGUUGAAAAUAUUCGACUGCUGGUAUAGCACUGCACCUUUCUGCUUGUCAUUAUCAGGCGUCUAAUUUCUGUGUAACUGGUGUAACACGAAUCGUCAAUCGUUGAAUAUUGUUAUCACAUAUCCUAUAGGCUACUGGUAGCCUAGUUGCAGUUGCCAUAAAAUAAAUGUAAAUGCUACGUAUCAAGUUUAUACUUUCGUGGAAGAAAGCAUGUUCCAUGUAAGCUCUUUGUGUGCAACUUAAGACCUGUAACAGGAAUACUGUACAGUAACAACUCGCACUACCUAUAUCAGAGGUGAUAGUCAAUAACUUUGUUGUACUCUUAUAAACUUGUAUAGGAACUUCAGUGUAGACUGCUUUUCAAUUUUGCAGAACAUUUAUGCUUGUGCCGAGUUUAUUCAUAUAUAUUAUUAUUAUUAUUAUUAUUAUUAUUAUUAUUAUUAUUAUUAUUAUUUUGCAUAGGAUAGUUACAUUGCGGGAAAAAAUCCUCUAUAUUCGCACUUAGGCUACAUGUGUGUACUUUAUGUUCAUCUAAACAUUUCGAGACUCGUAAAAUGUUUCAUGAGGGAUGAAAUAUGUUUGAUGUACAAUUGUGAUCAGUAUUUUAUUUGUACAACGUGAGUGGUGAACGUUCCGUGUUAAAAGCUGAGGAUAAUGUUUUAACAUUGAUAUGCUGGGAAUUUUGUCAGCUGUUUUUUUCUAUUUAUGUCUUCACUACAAACUCAGAACGGUUGGUUAAUCUAAUUAGAAAAUAAAGUUUCUUUUAGUCUCA